AUGGACAUCGACAGGAUGAAGCGCAAAAGGGCCGUGGUGCGAACGUCAACAACAAAGCUGCUCAAUGACAUCGCUACCAUGGAGGACGACGCAUCACUCGGUGAGCUUGAAGAAAAGAUCAACCUUCUCACCCUUAAGGAAGACUCACUCAAAGAGCUAGAUCGGGAAAUUGAGAUUGGCGUAGAAGAUGAUGCAUUAGAAGAGGAAAUUGCAUGCUCCGAGAACUACAAAGAAAAGAUCAACGUAGCAAGGACUAAAGUACAGCUCAUGCUACGUGAGCUUAGCUGCACUAACGCCGCAUCAGUGAGCGCUUCGCUAGAUCGCACCUCAAGUUCCUCAGAUCAAAGAGAAUCUAGCCGUAACAUCCCGCAAGUAACCCCCACAGUAAAGCUGCCAAAACUAGAGAUAGCAAAGUUCAACGGCGAGCUUCGACAGUGGCAAGGCUUUUGGAGUCAGUUCGACACGACAAUAAACGCUAACCACCACCUGUCAAACGUGGACAAGUUCAAGUACCUGAACAGUUACUUAACAGGAAAAGCAGCGGCUGCUGUUGCGGGUCUUGAUUUGUCCGACGGAAACUACGAAGUUGCUCUCUCGCUGUUAAAGGAAAGGUUCGGUCGUAAAGAAGCCAUAAUCGAGGAUCACAUGUCCAGACUGCUCAAUAUCAAGUCAGUGCGUGACUCGCGGAACCUCAGCCAACUUCGGAGCCUCAUUGACGAAGUAGAGAGAGGUGUACGGAGCCUCACUUCUCUUGGCGUCGGUGUCAGCACGUACGGAGCUCUGCUCCUGACAGUAGUAAAGAAGGCGGUGCCUGCGGACCUUCAUCUCGAAUACUGUCGACGAAAGGGCGCUACUACAGGAGGCAGUGAACUGGAGGCAUUUGCGCAUUUUUUGAGAGUCGAGGUAGAGGCACGGGAGAUUAUACAGCGGGCCGAAACACCAAGGGGCAUGUGUGUAGAAUCGUCUGUCGAAAACCGUAACAGCACCUUUAAAGCGGCGAGAAUGUCUUCAGCCGCUGCACUGCAUACCAUGACCAAGGAGAGGAAAGGGUGUCUGUUUUGUUCGUCAGGGUGCCACGAAAGCGGUGACUGCGAUGCAGAGAUGUCGGCAGCUGAUAAAAGAGAGAUGCUGAAGCGUGAGAAUAGAUGUUUCCGCUGCACAGUAAAGGGGCACACGUCAAGAGAGUGCCGUAAGGCCAAAUGGCUCAGGUGUGCCAACUGUAGCGGAAAACACCUCACGGCUAUGUGUGAUCCUGAUUUCAGAGAAUACCGUGGCAGUGGUGAACAGAAUGCAUCCUCUCCACCAGCGACAGGACAAGCCACAGUGCUAAAGUCUUCUCUAGGCUCAGAGGAGAAAUUUAUGUGCAUGGAGGGGCAUCAGUUUCUUCUGCAAACAGCACGAGCUUGGACAGUGGGACCGCACAAAAGUACGCUUGUCAGGCUUCUCCUAGAUGGUGGCAGUCAAAGGACGUUCAUCCAUCGCAAGUUGUCUGAAAGACUGCAGUUGAACGUGCUUGGGGAAGAGGAACUUAAAAUCUAUGCCUUCGGCGACAAGUCCGCUAUAACCCGCACUAAGGCGCGUCUGGUCGAGCUGUGGCUGCAAAGCCAGUACGACGGGAAAAGGGCGCGAGUGGAGGCCCUCGAAGUUCCCUGCAUCUGCGCAGAUAUAAUGGCUGCGCCUUUAAAGUCAGUUCUUCUGGAACUUUCGAAAUUUGGCUUGCCAGUCGCGGACGUCGCGCAGGGUGACGGAAGUGAAAACAUUGAUCUUCUGAUCGGCGCUGAUCAUUAUUGGGAAAUUGUCACGGGAUCCACUAAGCGCCUAACCUCCAAGCUGAUGGCAGUAGAAACUGCAUUUGGGUGGACAGUCCAGGGCCAGGUAGGCGCAAAAAGGUCACCAGGAGUCUGUCCCUCUGUUGCUGGCGUAAUGCGAGUAGCAGUGAGCGAACAAACUAACAAAGAAAUAUCAGCGCAGUUGAGGUCAUUCUGGGAGCUCGAACACAUUGGUAUCAAGGAACACGAACCAGCUCGCCACCAAGACGCAAUCCAACAGCACUACAAAGAAACCGUCAAAUUUGAGCAUGGGCGGUACACAGUGUCUUUCCCCUGGAAGCCUAUGGUUGAUGAGCUCGACGACAACUACGAGUGCGCCGCGAAGCGUCUUAGAGCCAACACGACGCGCCUUUUGAAGGGAGAUUCCUUGAUCGUGGAAUAUGACGCCUGCAUCCGAGAAUACAUCGAAAAGGGCUAUGCAGAGCCAGCCAACAAGCAUUGCAGCGCUUCGGAAGGUCCGGUGUAUUACAUGCCACAUCAAGCAGUUGUUCGACAAGAAAGCCUGACAACAAAAGUGAGGGUGGUGUUCGACGCAUCAUCAAGUGCCAAAGAUCGCCUCUCACUGAAUGAUGUUUUGGAAAGUGGUCCAAAACUUAAUCCAGAGCUCAUUGAUUUGUUGAUCAACUUCCGCACUUACAACAUCGGCAUCGUCGCGGAUAUUGAAAAGGCAUUCCUUCAAAUAUCUCUGUCAGAGGGUGACCGGAACGCUGUGCGGUUUCUCUGGUAUGCUGCCACUCCGAAGAAAGGUGAAGAACUUCCAGCGGUGGCGGCCUACCGGAUGACGCGCGUUCCGUUCGGUGUUACAUCCAGCCCAUUCCUAUUAAUGGCAUGA